GCAGGGAAUUGUCUUCGAAAAACAGUAGUACGAGAGGAAAUACGGUGGAGCUGCAUGGGCCUCGGCGGAAGCGUUUCUGGGUGAUGACGCCAAGCUAUCACCUCGCGGAGGCUGCGCUCCAGGAAGAGAGUGAGAAUGCGCUGAAACAUGCAGCAAGAAGCGGAGGACCUGAUGGUGCAGGAGCUUUUGGCGCUUUCGACUACAUGCACUACAUGACGAAAACUCGGGGGAAUCGCAUUUACGGUUUUUCUCCCGCACGUGAGGACGAAUGUCUACCCCUCCCAUCCCGCUCCUGGUACUGGUGUCCGGCUUUGAGCGACGAAAUGACGGCGCGGGGCGGCGGAAUGAAUGAGCAAGUGAUCUUGAAUCCGGGGACCAAAGCAGUAUCGUCUUUCGUCGUAGUAGAGCCUGCAGUAGUCACGAGGCCACAACAAGAGGCAUCCGAAAAUGCAAAUAAGAAAGCGAAGCUGCAGAAAUCUCCGGAAAGGAUAGACCGGCCAGACGUCAUCCGUUUAAUACUGCAGUCGCAAAACGAAGGAGCCGGUGGAUCUUCUUCCGCCGAUUCGAAUGAGUUCAAUAGCACCCAUUUGAGAAAGCGGAUGGGGAAGUCUGCCAAAGUCCGCGGGCCGCUCCCAAUGUCAUCUUCCGGGACAGAAGAAGAGGGCGC